CUGUUCGGUUUAAUCCCGGUUUGUGCUUCCGAACGCAUCGCGCGCCGGCUCGCUCGCUCUGAUAGAAAGAGAUGUUGAUACUGCCAUCUCUUCUUUCGUCCGCAUUUUGCCAAUAAUUUCAUUUCAUUGAGACUUCUCACUUCAGUCAACUUCCGACUUCUGUUGUUCGUGGUGGUAUAUACAGCUCUCGGUGGAUUUAAAAUCCAGUAAAUUUUUAAUUUUGCGUUACUAAAAUAACAAUAACAAAACCUAGCCAUGGCUGAAACGGAGAUGAUAUCUAAUAGUGAAAAUAAUGAGCAAUUUUUUGAAGGUGUCGAAAAACUUAUAGAAAUAUGGUUUACGCCGGCUAAAAAUGCGGAUUUGAGAAAAAUCACACGUCAACAAUGGGAGAGUGUUCUCAAGAUCGUGCGCUGUGAGAUCAUCUCUUUCACGCAGAGCGAGCAAGUCGACGCUUACGUGCUCAGCGAGAGCAGCAUGUUCGUGUCGCGGCGCCGUUGGAUCCUGAAGACUUGCGGCACGACGACACCACUGCGGUGCGUGCGUGCGGUGUUGUCGCUGGCGCGAGACGUGGCCGGCCACGCGCGCGUGCACAACGUCUUCUACUCGAGGCGGGAAUUCGCGCGCCCUGCCGCACAGUUGCAGCCCCAUGAUAAUUUCGAUUCAGAGGUGAAACUUCUGGACUCGUUCUUCGGUGACGGACGCGCCUAUAUAAUGGGCCCGGAGAAGGACUGCUGGUAUCUAUACACACUUCUGCCACUUGCAGGCACAGUGGACGCCCUCGAGAAAGAACAACGUGACGCAGGCAGCGGAUGCGGCGCAUCCGAGCCGGAUCAGACCAUCGAGAUCCUCAUGUCGGACCUGGAUCCAGCUGUUAUGGACAUAUUCACAAGAGCAUACUCAGCUGAUGCAGCACAAGCAACUAAAGAGUCCGGCAUAGACAAGAUAAUCCCAGGAAUGGUCAUAGACGAUUUCCUGUUCGACCCGUGCGGCUACUCUAUGAACGGGGUCGCUAAAGAUGGCUGCUACAUGACGAUUCACAUAACUCCGGAGCGUUCGUGUUCGUACGUAUCGUUCGAGUCCAACGUGCCGGUGUCCAGCUACGACGAGGUGAUUGCGCGUGUGCUCGAGGCAUUCCGCCCGGCUAAGUUUGUGCUCACAGUCUUCGCCACGCCGGACUCCCCGGCGGCGGAGACGCCCCGGCAGCUGAAGAAGUUCUCGUCGCUGGGCGCGUACGAGCAGAAGGACGCGCAGUACUGUCAGUUCUCCGGCUACGAGCUGCACUACGCGCUGUACGCGAAGUUCCCGAGCUGAGAGCGCGUGGUGGCCCGCGCCGGCCGGCCCGCGGCGCGGUGCGCGGCGCGGCGGCCCGCCCGCGACCUCGACCAGAUCUUGUGCACGGCGGGCGCGUGCGUGGCGCUGGGCUCGCUGCUGCGGCGCGCGGCGCGCGUGGCGUGCGCGUGGCCGCGCGUGCGCCGCGCGUGCCCGCUGCCCGCCCGCGCGCCCCACCCCGCCGCGAGCCCUGCAGAGGGCACGUGACGAGUCUCCACCCGCGGUGCCCCGUAGACUAUAUUUUCUACUGUAAAUUUUUCUAUGUCCGACCCCGGUCGUGACGCGUGUACAAAUUAAACUUAACCGUUAGUAAACGAACGAAUUAGACCAGGGUGCCGCGAAUUGUGAUGUAACUGUUCCAUUCCAUUACGAGUGAUCCUUAAUGAUAUUGUAUAGUAUAAUAGGUGAUAGACGAUUCGUCGUGUUGUAUUGAAACAAAAAAUAUUUCCAAUGAACUUUAUGAAGAUGAAAAAAUUAUCUAUUGUAAUUAGAAGCCUAUAUGACGGAUUUUCUAGUAGGCGUCUAUAAUAUGUGAUGAACUUAGCGCACGAAUGUAUAGAGUAAAACUAUCCAUUGUAUAAUAGAGAGUAGCGCGUGUAGUGAGAUCUAGUCAGGCGGAGGGCGGCUCGGCCGGCGCGCGGCCGCCGCGACCAGCGCGGGGCAUGUUUUGAUUGUCAGAGAUUUUAAAAAUCAAAUAAAGAUUUUGUCUCAUU